AUGGAAGUGUUUCGUGCGGAAACAGGAAAACUAUUUGAUCAAAUAUUAAAUGAGCCUUUGAGCGUUGAGCAGAGGUCAAAGUGUAUUAAUCCUGAAAGUGAAUCAGAGCUUGAACAACUAUCCGGUGUUCCAAUAUCUUCACAGAUCUUAAUAACAGGUGCUGGAAUCCAACUUAGAGAUGAUAUAGACGUCAAG